AUGCACAAGCGCGGACCCGGUCUGCCAGCGGCAGAGCGCAACGCACUUGGUAAGGAAAUCUACAGGACAAUCGUGGAGAACCAGUACAAUAUCGGUAUCGUCGGCCUGUCGCCGAUGGUGCAGGGCGUGAUCGUGGUCAAGAACGGCCUGAACAAUGUGCCUGAAACCGCCGGCAACGACUGGCCGCUUCGCACGCCGAACACCGGCUUCCCGGAGCAGUGGUUCUACUCUUCACAGUAA